AUGGACUGUUAUUUUGCUCCCUCCAUCUUACGGCCGGACUUCACUUGGCCGCGGCCAGUGCGAUGUACAAUUUCGCAGAGUACCCCUCCAGCGCUAUACUACUUAUCUCAAUGGUAUUGCUCUUGGUUUGAUAUUCCAUUCGAUGUCAAUAUCUUGCAACUAACUUUCGGGCUUAUUAUGAAAUGGACAGACCGGACGAGCAUAGAGGAAGCUAUUGCAAUGCAGAUGGCAAGAGCCACUGGUAUGCCUGCUCCGAGAUUAAUAUCCUGUGGGGAGCAUCCGAAUGCUCCUUUUAACCGGAAAAUUUCAAUCUUAAUGACAAGGUUGCCUGGUACCCCUCUGGAGAACUCAAGAUAUCAGUUGGAAGUUGAUGCUGAGGGCCCAUGGCUGGAUGAAUUAAAGAUAUGCGUACAUCCCAUGCGUUUAUGGUGUCCUCCUGACCAAAGUUCUAUCUGUUCUCCAAUUGGGACCUCUAUACGAAGCCCACGGGUUCCUGGUCACGUUAUAGGCCCUUUCAUAAGCGAGAGGGACUUUUACGACUAUCUCUUUAGUCCUGCUUCUAGCCACGCAUUCGAAUCGCCUGUGGAAUAUGAGCAGACCUUGAUAUAUAAUGGGCAUUUAUCUGGGUUUCUUUAUUGGGAGACCGCAGGAUGGUAUCCUGAACACUGGGAGUUCACAACGGCAAUGCGUUUUAGGCAAGGUUGUUGGCGGUUCCAAGUAGCUUCUUGGAUCGGGGGAGAUCAAUACCGCGAGGAACUAGAAUUGAGGCCACCUUACUGCUUAGACACUGGAACAGACAUUAUCAAAGCGAUCAUUGGCUACAAAGUACAAGGAAAGCCGGAGUGACAAACUGCUAACAAGACAACAGGCGCAUGAAAACAAUAAUUUCUCUCGCACUAUAUGGCCUCUGUGUCCUGAGUCUUCCAGCCGAAGCAUAAUGCCUAAAAUUGAGAUAGUCAUCCAGACUGGGAUCAUUAGCAUGCAACCCUACCUUGCAGAAUACUUGCUAUCGUCGCUUCAUGGUAGUCCGUAUGAGUUUAAGAUUGCUUAUAGUAUCGCAUAGUUCAGGAGCUGAUACUUGAUGCUUAGAUAAUAACAUGCAAGAACCCAAAGUCGCAUAAAAUCAAAGCCACACUAAAAGAUAUUGACGAUUAGUUUCACUCCCACUAAGAUCCUUCAGCAUGGGUCCCGGGUAUAACAAUCACAGAGUCGUUGCUUAAUGCCCCGGGCGUAACGGGCCCCUCUUCUUUACCACAUACUAUAGGUUUCAAAUUCUAUAUACCAGUAUCAGUGCAAUGGAACCAAGAUUAAAGAAGCAUAUUAUGACGUACACAAUCUGGAGUUCCUCUUCCUUGCCCACAGUACAUACUUAAAUCCUUUAUCCCUCAAUAGGGUAUGGAUGUUUUCUAGUCUUAUUAGCAAA